AUGAUUAAUAGUCUAUCAUCUUUAUCGAAUCUAUUACUUAUACAAAUCAUAACAGAGAUUGAAGAGAAUGUAGAUAUAAUAUUAACAGUGACUAGAUUCAACCUCAACUCUUUUAAAGAUAUAUUUGUGAAUAGUGUAGCAGAUCAACAUGUUUUAGUUCCCAACAAAUUCGAAAACAACUACAACCACAAUAAACAAAUAGAGUAUCCCGAUUGGAUAAGAGACUACAUCACUUUAACAGAUAACAGAGUAGAUAAAAGUAACAUUACAACUGCUUUGGUUGAUGACUCUGAAAAUGAAUCCGUUAUAGAGUCUGCCUACAAGAUACCAUCAAUCGAGACACUACUCAUCAACGAGUCUCAAGAAGAGAUAGAUUUAAGCUCUAUCUCUAGUUUACCCAAUCUUCAACGACUAUCAGUGAAUGCACCAGAGUUUAAAACUGGUCAACACCAAUCACUAAAGUCACUCAUAUUAGAUAUCGAUUCAGCAUAUGAUUUAAGUGACUUGGAGCUCAACCAAUCAUUCAUAUCGCUCACAGAAUUGAAGUUGAAGAGUUUUAUGGUGAUUAAUCUAGAGUCUGGUCUCUUUCCUAGUAGUCUGACAUCACUCUCUCUUAAACUACUGGAUAUACCACCAAGAGAUACAUUCCUUUCAUUAAAGUCAUUGGCAAAACUCAAGAUCCUCUUGGAUAGCAGUGAAUUUGAAGAUGAUGAAGUGGAAGACCAAAUAUUCAUUGAUCUUGACAGUCUAUCGAACCUCACAACAUUCAAGUUUAAAGAAUUCGAUAACCACCUAGAAUACAUUCUCGAGGUUAGUUUACCACCUUCAAUCAAGAAACUGACACUAUUGGAUGAUAACAUGCAAAUAUCAUCAGAAUCUACACUGCCUUUAUUGGAGAAAUUGCAUGUCGAUCAAGGAACACUAGUUGGAGGAUUCAUUAGUUUGUCGUCAUCACCAUCGAUAAAGAAACUAGUGAUUAACCUAUGUACUGAUAUUAUUCCGACCAAUAUCAUCCCAUCUAGUCUUGAAAAGCUUACAAUCGAUAUACACACUUAUCGAAAUAUACUUGGUCAAGUUGUACUCCCACCAUCACUCACUCAUCUAACUAUCGAGAAUGGUAGCAAUGAACCUAUUCAACUACCCCAGUCACUCGUCAAACUCAAGCAGACAGCCAGUCACACAUCUCCUUCAGUCUCACCUAUGUUAAAAAAACUAGUUUGGAAUAUCAAAGAUUCAAAGGAUCGAGAGUUUAUAUCAUCAUUUAACAACUAUCCACCUCUUCUAGAAACACUCAUCCUUAUUGAUGAAUUUAAAACCAAAGAAGAAUUUACAAUCAACAUACCACCAACCAUCAAAUAUCUAACAGUACCUUUAAAUUCCAACCAUGAAAAUGUCUAUUCAAUCACGACUAUAAUACCCAAACCCAUCAUUGAACAACAACAACAACAACAACAACAACAACAACAACAACAACAACAACAACAAUGGCUGCCACUCAAUACUACUCAUCUAUCUUUAAACCUAGGUAAUGAGUUUCAUAAGCAGAGAAUUAGAUUAGAUGAAAUAAUCAAUCACACCAAUGUUAGAUAUUUAUCUAUCGCCACUACAGAGAAUAUAACAUUACAAUUUUCAAUUCAAAGAUUGGACUCUGACAAUAACAAUGUGUUGGUAUUGGAAGGACAAACAUUGACAGGUGGAAUAAUCACUCAACAAAGAAGAAGAACAACCAACAACCAUCAACUACAAUAUGACCCAAUUUAUUUAUAUAUUGAUGUAUCUCCUGACAAUUACGCUCCAUUUGAGUUUAAAUGGAGUUUUGGUGAGCUAUAA